GGCCUCUGUUCCGCGAAGCCCUCUGCGCAUCGUAUUCCCCCCUUCUUUGUUGCAUCCACGAGCUUCACGCCGGCGCCGGACUGUGUGCGCAGUAUAGGCAUCUGUAAGAGAAGAGGAGAUGAGUAGGCACCGCAGCAAGCCUAAUAUACUCGUUACAGGUACUCCUGGCACUGGCAAAACCACAACUUGUUCUUUGCUCUCUGAAGCAACCAACUUUCGCCAUAUUAAUGUUGGUGAAGUGGCAAAGGAAAAGAACUUGUAUGAUGGAUGGGAUGAGAAGCUUGAAUGUCAUGUCAUUGAUGAAGAUGCGUUGUGUGACGAGAUUGAAAACCUGAUGGAAGAAGGUGGAAACAUUGUUGACUACCAUGGCUGUGAUUUCUUCCCUGAGCGCUGGUUCGACUGCGUGGUGGUUCUGCAAACAGAUAAUACUGCACUUUAUGAUCGUCUUGAGAAAAGAGGUUAUACUGGAGCAAAGCUUGCAAACAACAUAGAAUGUGAAAUAUUUCAAGUGCUUUUGGAGGAGGCUCAUGAGAACUAUUCAGAAGAUAUUAUAAUGGCCCUAAGGAGUGAUUGCGUAGAUGAUGUUACUAAUAAUGUGAACACCCUAGUGGAAUGGAUCAGGAAUUGGACGCAGAAGUCAAUGCAGUAACAUAGUUUGUAGUGCAAAAUGUUCUCGGGUAUGUUGGGAUGUCUGGCUGACAAAAUGCCUAGUUUGUUUUUUAAUCCUUUAAAGUUGAUAUCAGGUUUCCAAAUUUAUGCUCAUGUUGUUAAUGAGUUUUGUAAGGCAGUUUUACUCGAGCUAUGUAUUUUGUGGAAGUUCAAUAUGCACAUGCCAAACAUCUAUUAUUGUUA